GUCUAUCAACGAGAGCUCCAGGAGGUGCGCGUGGCCAAGCAGACGGAGACCACGGAGAUCGACGGGCGGCUGAGGGAGGGCUACGAGCUGCGCCUGGCGGGCACGCUGAUGAAGCUGCGAGAACUGUACGAGUCUCAGAUGCAGCUCGACCGGGAGAAAACGCAGAACAUCUACGAGAACAAGAUGCGUGACCUGCAGAGACUGCUCGAGCUGAGCUCCAGCGACAGCUCCAGCAAGAUGGAGGAGAUGCGGGCGUACAAGUCGCGCCUCGAGGGACUCAACUCCAAGAUCUCGGGACUCGAGUGGCAGAACCAGUCCCUGACGGCCCGUGUGCGAGACCUGGAGCGUCUUCUGGACCAGGAGCGGGAGUGGCACGGCCGGGCCCUGAUGGCCAAGGAGGAAGAGAUCUCCCGGUUGCGGGCGGAGAUCGAGGACCAGCUGCGGGAGUACCAGGACCUGCUGGACAUCAAGGUGGCUCUGGACCUCGAGACUGCGGCGUACCGCAAGCUCCUGGAGGGCGAAGAGUCCCGGCUGCACAUUACGCCCAGCGCAUCUACCAGCGGGGCUGAGAUGUACACCAGUCCGCUGCUCCGAGGCACCAAGCGCAGGCGGACCUUCUCCCACCGGGAGGAGCAGUCAAACUUCGACGUCCAGGUCUCCGCAUCCGCCCAGGGGGACCUGGAGAUCUCGGACCACUGGCCAGACGGAAAAUACGUCAUCGUAAAGAACAAGGGCACGAAGGAGAUUCCAUUGGGUGGCUGGCGGAUCGACCGCAAGUCCGGCAACGAUGAGUUCACCUUCCGGUUCCACCGGACCCACGUCAUCCAACCGGUAACCACCAUCACGGUAUGGAGCUCCGACGCCGGUGCAGCACACAGCCCUCCGUCGGACCUGGUCAUGCGCAACCAGCAGUGGCCCCACGUUGAACAGAUGCGCACAGCCUUGCUCAGCGCUGAUGGCGAGGAGGUGGCGUUUCGGGAAAACCGGCGGCAUCAGUUCAGGCGCCUCUCGGAAAGGUCGUCCGGCGCGGGAGGAUAUUCGACGGGGCGCGAGCCCCUUUUCCAAGAGCACGAUUCCAACGACCCCAACUGCUGCUGCGUGAUGUAAAGAAGCAAGAAAAAAAUGAAAAAGUC